AUGAAAAACAAGAAUUAAUAAAAAAAAUUGUGUCAAUUAUUAAUUAUGUCUCUUUUGAGAUUUAUAGUAGCAAUUUUCUUCUUGGUUUCAAUUUUUGGAGUAUCAAAUGCUCAUUAUAAAUUAAGUCCUACAUUCUAUGAUUGCACUUGCCCUAAUGUUAGAGAUAUUGUACGUGGUGUUAUGGGGCAAAUUCAACGUAGAGAUAUUCGAGCCGGAGCGAAAAUUAUUCGCCUUCAUUUUCAUGAUUGCUUCGUUAACGGUUGUGAUGGAUCAAUUUUGCUAGAUAAUGCAACUGGAAUUAUAAGUGAAAAAGAUGCAAAUCCAAAUGUUGGUGCUGGAGGAUUUGAUAUUGUGGAUGAAAUUAAAACUGCAUUGGAAAAAGUGUGUCCUGGUGUUGUUUCUUGUGCUGAUAUUUUAGCACUUGCAUCUGAAAUUGGAGUUGUCUUGAAUGGAGGUCCAUCAUGGCAAGUUCCUUUAGGGAGAAGAGAUAGCUUAACAGCAAACAAAAGUGGAGCUAAUAGUGAUAUCCCAAGUCCUGUUGAAACCCUUGCUGUUAUGAUACCACAAUUCACUAGAAAAGGAAUGGAUUUAACUGAUCUUGUUGCUCUAUCAGGUGCACAUACAUUUGGAAGAGCAAGAUGUAGAACAUUCAAUCAAAGACUUUUCAACUUUAGUGGAAGUGGUAGACCUGAUCCAACCAUAGACCCUAAUUAUUUGAAAACACUACAAAGACUUUGUCCACAAGGUGGAAAUGGGGGUACUUUUGCAAAUCUUGAUAAAUCAACUCCAGAUAAAUUUGAUAAUUAUUAUUUCACAAAUCUUAAGAACCAUCAAGGGCUACUUCAAACUGAUCAAGAAUUGUUUUCUACAUCUGGAUCUGGUACAAUUGCAAUAGUGGCUAAUUAUGCAAAUAACCAACACAAGUUCUUUGAUGAUUUUGUUUGUUCAAUGAUUAAAUUGGGAAAUAUAAGUCCAUUAACUGGUACUAAGGGAGAAAUUAGGAAAGAUUGCAAAAGGGUUAAUUAAUUAAUUUAAUUAAAUCCUCUUUAAUUUAUGUAUGUUCUUAUUUGCUUUUUGUGAAAAUGCAAUGAAAUCCUCAAAGAUAAGGGUAAAAUUUGCGUACGUUUUAUCGUGGAUAUGUUGUUAUUAUUUAUUGUAAUGUGUGCUGAAUAGCAAUGUUCCCAAAUAAGACAUGUUAUGCUAAAAUAGCAAUUCCCCAAUAA